CAAAAUUUCCCAUCAAAUCUUCCUCUCUCCGCCUCGCUGAGUCAUUGCCGCCGAUUUUCUCCAAGAAAGUCGCCGCCGCUCACCAGCGAAAAUGAGCCGAGUGCGAGUUUUGCCACCCCGGCUGGAAACAAGCUCGAGCUCGGUAGAGGAGCACUAGCAUUUGUCUAGUGUUUACCGCGUUACUAUUAGUUUCUGUUUGAAACAUUAAUCGGGCAUGGUGCCCAUGCUCUCGGGUCGGGAGAGUCUGAUCAGGCUUAUCGGUAAGCGAAGGAGGAUCCUUCCUCCCAAUCUAUGGCUUCUCCUGGAGUCUGUUGCUUCGGAUUCGAGCAGUGGCAAGAAUAAAGCGUCAUUGGAGGCCUGCUCUGCAGCUGCACAUUCUGAGAAACCUGGGGACCUUCCAUAUGAUGUGGAAUGGGUUUCCUGCCCUGUUUGCGGGUGUUCUAUUCGAGGGACUGAUUGUAUCAUCAAUUCUCAUUUAGAUUCAUGCCUAGCCACAGGGAAAAAGCGAAAGUUGACUCAAAGCACACUUCUUCAAUUCAACUUUUGCCCAAAAUCAAGCAUUACAACCCCUUUAACUAAUUCAAGCUAUCAGGCAAAUUAUGAGAAGGCCAAUGAAAGUAAUUGUGCUAAUAAAUCUAGUAACAAUCAUGUGUUGGUUGAAUUUGCUUCUGUCCAAAAUUGUGGAGGAAAUCAAUUUUCCUCAAACUCGCUUGGCCAUGUUCAUUGUGAUAUAGAUACAUCUGAUGCUGCAUCUAUUGAAAAUAUAGUUAAUGAACGAACUAUCCCUCAUCAUGGAGUUGAUCUACCAAGUCUUAACAUGCAUUGCCAAAGCUUGAAGAUUCCCAGACUUGGUUCUAAUGAAGCUGAAGAUUCUGACUUUGUGGAGACACUUGAAACGUUUAUUGUUGGCCGUAGAUUUCACCAAAAUAUCGAGUUGCGGCACGGUGCCAGCCUUUCUGUGUUGAGGGAUUCAGAGAAUUCCAACGACAUACAUGCCAUCAAGGUGUAUUAUGCAUAUGCUGAAUCUGAACAGACGCUUGGAUAUUUGCCUCGUGAAUUGGCUAGAUGUUUGUCUCCUCUAAUUGACAAAAAUAAAAUAAAAUGCCAGGGAUCUAUAACAUCUCUUCCUAAACAUCCUCAUGGUGCUGUUCCUAUUCGACUUGUUUGUCAAAUGGUGAUCAAAGAUAAUUCGAUGGAAUCUGUUGAUAGAGAAACUUUUAAAUUAUUAUGGCGUGAUGUUGUUCGGGUGGUUGAUCAUGCAAAAACUCCUGGUUACCAACGAAAUUUCCGCUUACUAGUUCAAUAUGUUUUGCAUAAUCAUCUCCAUCUCUUUGUUGAUGAAGAAACAUCAUUUCUAGGAUCAUUUAACUUAUUAUCUGAUGAUGCCCAAAGGCUUUUUGUUCGUCUCUAUACUCGUAAAGGUCCAUGGUUUCGGAUGGCUAAUAUUUCUUACCCUGAAAUAUCAGAUCCUAAGAAAGCAAUUCUGGAAUUGCAGUUGGCUGGUUACUUUGAUUCUUUCCCUCUCAGCGAGGCCCCCUCGAUUAAUGAUAUUAGAGAUGUUCUUGAUGUGCUGUCUGCUUCUGAAAUACGAGAGAUUUCAAAACUGGAACUUUGUAAGCAGAAAGGAGUCAAUUCUGCACGAAGGAAGGACAUUUGUAACCGUGUAUAUCAUGCAUACAUAAAUGGAAGAUGUCCAUAUUUGCCAAAGAGAGUUUUAGAAUGGGCAGGAACUUGUGUAAAGAUCUCUUCCAUGGCUGAGAUGCUUUUGUGGCGUGUCCAGAGACUCUUUUUCCUCAAUGGAGACCAGGAUCUUUCAGCCUUUCUGUUGGUUAAUCUGGGACUAGUCAGGUUUCCAGAUUACACAUGCAGUGUUUCACUACCAAUUUUUCCAGAUCGAAAUGACUUACUUGCAUAUGAUGAGGCCCUUGGGAUUGCACAAAUAAUGGACCAGUCACUGGAUGAGUACAAUUUGGAAAUGAUAGUAAGAUGCAUAAAUCUAUGCAAUAGUCGCAUUCCCAAAUCUUUUGAAAAGGAAAUCCAGCUUUCUGUUCCUGAUUCUCCACCAAAAUUUUUCUCACAUUUCUCUGCUGCAUGGGUCUACUCAAAAGUGCUAUUUUUGGGUGUUUCAGUGUUUGAACAUGAGCGAAGGUAUGAAGAUGCAGUCGGGCUUCUGAGGGUGCUGCUGAGCAGAUUUACUUGUGACAGCAGGCGGGGUCAUUGGUUGCUGAGGCUUUCUGUUGAUUUAGAGCAUUUGGGUCAUCUUGAUGAGAGUCUUUCAGUUGCUGAAGAAGGGGCAUUGGAUCCCUGGGUUCGUGCUGGUUCAAAAAUGGCAUUGCAGAGACGGAUAGUACGAUUAGCAAAGCCUCCAAGGCGGUGGAGGGUGCCAAAUUGUGCACACUUUCUGAAGAGAAAGAUCAAAGAAGUUAAUAUAAAUGGAAGGCCUUUGAACUGUGGAACAGGUGCAAAGAACAUAUUCUAUGGUUAUGAUGGUGAUCUCUGUGGAGUAGAGCAACUAGCUUUGCAAUAUUAUGCAGGAGAUGGAGGUAAUUGGCAGGGGAUCCAUUCUGAAAGUGGCAUUUGGAUGACAAUUUUUGGACUUCUCAUGUGGGAUAUUAUAUUUAGUGACGUGCCAAAUGUUUUUCGUUCGAAGUUUCAGAUGGCACCACUAGACCUUGACACGGAUGACUUUUAUAUUGCAAGAAAGUUUCACAUUGAAGCUCUCCUAAAACUGAUACAAGAUGGCAAGGCUGAGGAAAUCCUAACAAGUUCAUGGAAAUCACACUUGGGGACCUCUUGCAGAGGAGUCAAUUGGGAGCGGCAUUCCUUAUCUGAAUUACAAACUGUUGUAGCAUGCAUUGGUGGGCAUUGUUUGGCCUCUUUUUGCAGGCAUUUGGCGCAAGAUUACAGGAGUUGGUCCAGUGGAAUGCCGGACUUGUUGUUAUGGCGCUUUCAUGGAGAUAGGGAUGUAGGUGAAUCUAAGCUUGUUGAAGUCAAAGGUCCUAGGGAUCGACUCUCAGAACAGCAACGAGCUUGGAUGUUGCUCCUCAUGGAUUGUGGCUUUGAUACUGAGGUUUGCAAAGUGAGCCCAGUUCCUUUGUCCUAACUCGUCACCUAUUUGAGUUGCAAGUUUUGGUUUGUUAGUAAUCUGGUUUCAUUUCUUAUGGAGCAAUGGGUUUUGAUUUUUAUAUUCAUUGAGACAAAUGGAAUCACUGGACUGAAGUCGUUACCCACUUUGUUGCUCAAUUCCUUCAACGAUUGGUUUCACUGUCUAGUGUUGGCGUACCUGAUUUCGCCUUAUUAUUCAUUGAGCAUGUACUGAAAUGCUAUUGUAAGGCUUGAUCACUGUUCUUGUGGUCACUUAUAUUUACUAAAUUUAUUAUUGAAGUUACAAUAAUGUUAGGCAGCUGUUGCUGGAUCUUGAAUGAACUGUUUUUUUUUUUUCUGGUCAUGUCCUACAAAAUCCUGCUUUGGUUUGCAUUUUUUUUAUGUCUCACUGAGAUUUUCAAUGUAUUUGAAACAUUCUUUCUAGGUCAAAAGUGUUGUGGAAAUUCAGAAAUGGUCUUGUGCAA